CGUGCGUGUGUGGACAGCAGCGACGGCACGGUGGGUGUUGGAUCUCCUCCACUGCCCACGAAUCUACGCCCACAGCCCACAGCCAUGAGUCGCUGGCAUGGCGCCACCUCCACAACCAUUGACAUGGUCGUGCUUCUUCUUCUUCCCUGCAAAUCUCCUAGCUAGCCACCUGCCUCUGGGUGUGUGUGUCUGCAUGGAUAAAUCAUGAAUGGAUUGCUGGAUUCGAUGCUGUGGAUGAGCUUCCCCUCCCUCUAUCCGAUCCGUCACUCCACCGCUCCCCUAGCUUCUCCCUAUCCACCGUCUCCUCCUACCUCGCCUCAGCUAGCUAGCACCACUAGAAUCUAGUACCAGAAUUGCUAUUUCAGCUGGGCGACUCUCCCAAUCUCGAUCCAUUCCUUCCGAUUCUUGCCUGGUCGAUCGAUCGCGGGACCGGCCUGCGCGUUGAUGCGUGCAAGCGAUCUGGUUGUGGAAGAUGAAGAAGAGCAGUAAUCUCGAGGCCUUCCUCCACGCCGCCACGCCCCUGCUCCCAUGGCGCUCCACCACAAUGGAACGUUUCCAGGGCGCGCCGAGCAGCGUGUGGCAGCAGCCGGACGGCAAGAGCAAGGACGCGGUGGAGUACUUCGCACUGUCCGACCUCUGGGAGCACUACGCCGAGAGCAGCGCCUACGGGCUCGCCGUGCCCGUCCGGGACGCCGGUGACCGGGCCGUGGUCACCACCCAGCACUUCGUCCCCUACCUCUCCGCCGUCCAGCUCUACACCGCCACAAAGCCCACCACUCACACCCUCGGCGCCACCUCCAGGAGCACGGGUAGUGAGACAGAUUCAUGGAGCGACGACAGCGUGGGCGAUCGGUUCGCCGGCUCCGGCUCCUCCUCCUGGGACGCUGCGUCUGACGAAGACGAUUCUUCCUCCACCUACGACGGCACCGGCUCCACCGGCGUCUCAGCGAAGCAGAGUGGGUACCUGAACUUCCAGUACAGGGAGUGGGACUCGCCCUACGAGAGGGUGCCGCUGGCUCACAAGGUGGCGGAGCUGGCCCAGGAUUACCCGUGCCUGACGUCCCUCAGCAGCGCGGAGCUCUCGCCGUCCAGUUGGAUAUCCGUGGCAUGGUACCCAAUCUAUCACAUUCCUGCUCAUGUCAACCUGAAGGGUACCUCCGCCUGCUUCCUCACCUACCAUUCCAUCUCAUCGGUCUUCCAAGACAACAUACAUAGCGGACCGGCGCACGAUGAUGGUGAGAUCGCGGCGCUCUCGCCGUUCGGGCUGGCAACAUACAGGAUGCAAGGCGACCUAUGGAAGAGACCAGGGUCAUCAGACCAUAGGAGGCUGUCUGAGCUUCACUGGGCGGCGGCCUCCUGGUUGAAGCAAGUCGGUGCACACCACCCCGACUUCACCUUCUUCACAUCUUCACACCGUCGAUAACACGGUACCCCGCCGAUGCCUUGUGUGUUUCGAUGGCAUUGCACCGGGCAAUGUGAAGAUAUGGCACCAAGAACUUCAUGUAGGAUUUGAUAGAACAACAUGAACUGGAGUUUCUUCUUUCUGAACUUGCAAGAAGAUACAGUAACUUGUUGCAUCGACCUUGUGGAUCGGAUUAAGUGUCAGACAGCAUGCUCUGUUUUUUGCUCGUCGACGGGCAUGUUAUAGCUGCAACACAACAUUUUCAAAGAAUUGCAGCUCCUGAAAUGUGACCUCAAUGCAUAUAGUUUAACAAUCCACCUGGUAUUACCUGUUGGGCUUUGAGUGUACUUCACUGUCUUAACGACAUUCAGCAACCUGUACAUAUAUAGCACGUAAGUACGGUUUUUAUUCA